GCCGGCAGCGAGGCCACAGCCGGGGCCGGGGGCGCCCGCAGCCCGCCCGCCACCACCAUGCCCUUUGACUUCAGGAGGUUUGACAUCUACAGGAAGGUGCCAAAAGACCUUACACAGCCAACCUACACAGGGGCCAUUAUCUCUGUCUGCUGCUGUCUCUUCAUAUUGUUUCUCUUCCUGUCUGAGCUCACGGGAUUCAUAGCCACUGAAAUAGUUAAUGAGCUCUACGUGGAUGACCCAGACAAAGACAGCGGAGGGAAAAUAGAAGUGAACCUGAACAUCAGUCUGCCAAACCUGCACUGUGAAUUGGUUGGACUGGACAUCCAGGAUGAAAUGGGAAGGCAUGAAGUGGGUCACAUUGACAACUCGAUGAAGAUCCCUCUCAAUAAUGGGGAUGGCUGCAGGUUUGAGGGCCAUUUCAGCAUCAACAAGGUCCCUGGUAACUUCCACGUGUCGACGCACAGCGCGACGGCGCAGCCGCAGAACCCCGACAUGACUCACGUCAUCCACAAGCUCUCAUUUGGGGACAAGCUGCAGGUCCACAACGUCCAUGGAGCAUUCAAUGCCUUGGAGGGAGCAGACAAGCUCAGCUCAAACCCCCUCGCCUCUCACGACUACAUCCUGAAGAUCGUGCCCACGGUGUACGAGGACAUGGGCGGCAAGCAGCGAUACUCCUACCAGUACACCGUGGCCAACAAGGAAUACGUGGCCUACAGCCACACGGGCCGCAUCAUCCCGGCCAUCUGGUUCCGCUACGACCUGAGCCCCAUCACAGUGAAGUACACAGAGAGGAGACAGCCUCUGUACAGGUUUAUCACAUCGAUAUGUGCCAUCAUUGGAGGAACAUUUACUGUAGCUGGGAUCCUGGACUCCUGCAUUUUCACAGCAUCAGAGGCCUGGAAGAAGAUCCAGCUGGGCAAAAUGCAGUAGCAGUGAAACUCUACCCUCGACUCCAAGGACAGGAGCAAAGAUUGACAAAUCUACCACUACCUGUUUUUGUCUUUAUUUUCUAUUUGAUUGAAUCAGUAUGUUUUUCUCUAAUCGGGCUGGUCAGCGAAGACAUCUUCAACAAAUCAAAGAAAUCUCCAUGCAUUUCAGAGCUCUGAGAGGGAAAAAUCAGUGGAAUCAGGGUGUGGAUUCCCUCCCCCCAGAGAGAGAGGUUGAAAUGCCAUUUGAGAUCCAAGUGAGAUGGCAGUCUGUGCUCUGGGAGGUUCCUAUGGCAGUGUACAAACUAGGGAGUAGAUGGCAAAGAGCUGAACUGUCUUGUGGCACUUUUUGGAGUUCUGUUGGAUUUGCAUGAUCAGACAAUCGACUUUUGUAUAGGGCAAAAUUACACAUGAGGAAGAAAUUCCACUUGUGGUGCCAAAAAGGUGAUGUAUCUGUUGGUGAGGAGUGGAAAGUGUUAGUCCCCACAGCAAACCUAAGAGACAGAGGGCAGAAAUAACACCAAGAAAUGUUUUGUGCUUCUGUUGAAAGCUCAGUUGUUCAGAUACAACCUUCCUAACCAAGUGAAAAAAGAACAGGAAGCCUUCCCCAGCUACCUUUUCCUAGGUGAUCUGUGAUCCCAGCAGUGGAGGGCAUUUCUUUUACUCUGGAUGUAAAAGUGGUUUCAUUCCUUCCCACUAACUGAAUAUCCAGUCUUGUGUUUACAGGUGGCAUGAAGUAAAAACCAAACUGAGCAACACAGUUUUAUGUGGCCUUUGCUUUGAAAGGGAAUAGUUGUCUUUACAGCGUUAGCUUUUCUUUCUUCUGUUUCAAACCCAAAAGUCUGGAUUCUGCGCUUCUGCUUUAUUAUUGUUGUUGUUAUUUUUUUUUUAAAGAGGUUUUAUAUUCUCUGUGCUCAGAAAAACAGUGCAGCCCUCUGGGUGGAUGAGCACAGCUUCCUCUCUUGCUUUGUGUGUGUGUAUUCAAUACACCUGUCAAACACAGGAAUUCUGACUUUGCAGGAUUUAAGGUGCCUCCCUUUUCCUUUAAGACUCAGCCAGGCAUCUUUCCUGAUGCUCUCCCACAGGUACCCAGGGCAGCAUUCCCACAGGCUGACCCUUGCUGGGAGUUCUGUUUGAUCCCCUCAAAAGAUUCCUGAGCUUCCCUGUCCUUUCCUUCAAGCCUUGUCUUCUGGAGCCUCCAAAACACAGAGCUGUGAGGGGAAAACUCCUGCCAGGGGUGUCUUGCAUGUCAUUUGGUCUCAAAAACGACAGCAGAUGCCCACCAGUGCAUUUUCCAGAGCCUCAUCAGAGUUCCUUGAGUAGUGACAGUCUCUGCAUGCCUUGUGAGUGUCUGAGCUGAGGGUACACAAAUUUUAAGUCUUUCAGGAUGGAUUAAACAAUAAUAAUCAUAAAAUGAGAAUCUUGAAGUCAGUGGUGUAAAUUGUAAGAUGGGUGCAGGGUUUCUCUUGGAUGAUAUCCAUUGCCUUUUCCUGGAGGCAAAAUAUCCAAACUUUAUGCUGUGAUGGUAUGAAUUGUUGAAUAUUCAGUGUUAUUGUUAGAGUCAGAUGCAUUUCAGAAGAGUUCCUGAUUGUUGAAAUUGUCUCCUUGCUUUGGAGCAGGGAAGGUGCAGCCAGUUUUAUCCACCCACCAAAAAGCAGCAGCCAGCUCCUCUCCCCCUGCCAUGCCAUGCCCUGCAGUCACUUCAGACAGCAUUGGAAUUUUUCCCUGUCCUUCUCUGGACUGAUUGCUCUUGCUUUAGGUGCAAACUGGAUUGUGGAACUUCCUGUACCCGUUCAUGUAUGGGUAGAUUUUUUUUUACUUUUUUUUCCCCCCCAUUUACAAAAAUGAACUUUUUCGGUGAGAUGCUUGUGUUCACUUGGGGUGUGUGUGUCCCUGUGCCUGUGAGUGGGACCCCCUGGAUGUGGAUUUUCCAUGGCAAUUGCUUCUCCUGCUGGCUGAAGGAUUUCCUCUAAUCCACUGUGACCAGCUGAAACUCACAGCUAAAACAUCCUCAUUUUUCCUUUUGGAUUUGGUCAGUCUUUGCUGACAGCUUGGAAACAGUGGAUUACAACAAUGAGAUUUUUAAUAUUUUGGCAUCUUCCUUACACUGAGAUUUAAUUAGUACAUCCUUCUCCUGAGCUGGGCAAGGGGAGAUCUUUGCAGUACAGUUCAUUUUCUGGAAUUUCUCCUCUGGUACAAUUUCUUUGUCACAAACAAAGGUGGUUGCAGAUUCUUUGUGUCUCCUGGUGCGUUAUUCCCAUCCUUCUCCCCAUUCCCUGUCUGUAUUAAACUGCCUCCUGUGCAGUCCAGGCCAGUUCUCUAAACCAGACCAGUGAAAUUUGUUUGUUUGGGUUUUUUUUUUUUUUAUUGGAAGUAACACACUUCAGCGUGCCUGCUCUCUCUGCCAAAACAUCCCCUGCAAUAAGGUAAUAAAUCACUUUUUUUUUUUUUUUUUUUUUUUUUUUUUCAGUUUUUUGUUUGCAAAAUGUGGAAACCAAAUUGUCCUGAAGUUCUGGCAGGAGGAACAUCUGUACCUGGGUGUUCUUAACCAGGUCUGAGCCUUUGGGCUUCAGGGGCUGCUGGGGUUUGUGGUGAGCUCGUCCUGCAGGGUCACACCGUGGCACUGCUCCGUGUGUUCGCAGCAGAAUCUGCUCCUCAUCCCCCCCGGUGUGAAAGCAAGGCAGUCACUGCCUCUGCACCCAGGAGGCCUCACUUUUAUUCUGAAUUUUCUGAAGAGAAAAUGAGCUUAGUUGUGCUUUUAAGCAUCCUUACAAACAUAAGAAUUUCCAGUCAGAGCAGGAGGAAGCCCUCAGUUGUAGGGCUCUGAUUUUGCCCUUUCCAGUCAGUGUUUUCAUAGAAGAAUUUGGGUUUCCAAAAAAGACAUCCCUGUAGAUAAUAUUUGAAACUCCCACUUUAAAAUAUUCCCUGUAACUGCAGACUCCACCCUUUGGUGAGAACUUGAGGCAUAGGAUGCUUUGCAAUGGUGGAGUUCAAAACUUCCAGCACUAGGGAAAGUUAUUAGUGUAUUCUAGGCAGUAUCUGGACUGCUGAAGAGUAUUUUAAAAAUAAAAUAAAACGGAAAUGGGGUACAAAAACCCAGGAGAGAUGAGUCUGUGAAUGUUUGAUCUGAUCUCUCAAAUCCUUGCAUUUGUGUGCGCUGUAAAAAAUGAGAUCUGCAAUACAGGUGGCCCUGUGUGCCGCCAGCUCCUGAAUAUUCCUCCUUUAUGGUUCCUUCUCUGCUGGGGCUGGGAAUGGCUGUGAUGUCUCUGCUUUCCAGGAGCUGUGUGAAUUUGCAGAUUGGGGGUGUCAGUCUGGGGUUUGUCCCUGGAGUGUGGGAGAGGGGCAGGGAGGAGGAGCAGCCCUGCCGUGUCUGGUACAGCAAUGCUUAAAGCACAAGUCUUUUACAUUUCUACCGUGGAGACUGUUAAGGAGUUCUGGCAUUUGUCUUUUUAAUUCGCAACCUUAUGUUAAUAAACUAUUAGCCUUUUUAGUUCCAUAAUUAAAAAUAAAACUCUUACGUGUUUUGA